GGAAACUGAAGAAAGAACAAGAACCAGGCUAACAGUACACGUUGAAGGUACAGGAUGAAAAAAUGGCACAGUUUCCUAUUCCACUGGGACCAGACAACUUCCAACUGUUUACCCCCAAGUCUCUUGAUGCCAUUGAGAAAAGGAUUGCUGAGCAGGAUGACUGGAAAGCCAAGGGUGAGCAGUUUGAUGAUGAUGAUGAUGAGGAUGAAAGAAAUUCUGAGCCAAAUAGUGACCUGGAAGCGGAGAAAUGUCUCCCAUUCAUCUAUGGAGACCCAGCAAAAGACAUGGUGUCAACACCCCUGGAGGACCUGGACCCAUAUUACCGAUAUCAGAAGACCUUCAUAGUACUCAACCGUGAGAAGACAAUCUACCGUUUUAAUGCCACUUCUGCCUUGUACAUCUUUAGCCCUUUCAACCUCUUGAGGAGAUUAUCAAUAAAGGUUCUGGUACAUUCGCUGUUCAGCAAGUUCAUCAUGUUAACUAUCUUGACCAACUGUGUAUUUAUGACAAUGAGCAACACCCCAGACUGGUCAAAGAUUGUAGAGUAUGUGUUCACUGGUAUUUACACUUUUGAAUGUUUAAUAAAAAUUCUUGCAAGGGGCUUUUGUAUAGGGAAAUUCACUUUCCUUCGAGACCCCUGGAACUGGCUGGAUUUCACUGUUAUUGUUCUAGCGUAUGCGACAGAGUUUAUAACCCUUGGCAAUGUAUCAGUUCUUCGUACUUUCAGAGUCCUGAGAGCCUUGAAAACUAUUUCAGUAAUCCCAGGUUUGAAGACCAUUGUGGGGGCUUUGAUCCAGUCAGUGAAAAAACUGUCUGAUGUCAUGAUCCUAACCGUUUUCUUCCUGAGUGUUUUUGCACUAGUUGGACUGCAACUGUUUAUGGGUCUUUUAAGACAUAAAUGCAUAAAGAUUCCAAUAGCAAAUGGAAGUGAAAACCAAAACAAUGAGAACUUCUUCAACUGGACAAUAGAAUACAUGAACGAUAGGGGAAACCAUUAUAUCUUGCCAAAUCAACGAGAUCCUCUUCUUUGUGGAAAUGGCACAGAGGCUGGGGUUUGUCCGGAAGGAUAUCGGUGUCUUAAAGUAGGGCGAAACCCAGAUUAUGGCUACACGAGUUUUGAUUCUUUUGGCUGGGCCUUCCUGUCUCUGUUCAGGCUGAUGACUCAAGACUAUUGGGAGAACCUAUAUAAGCAGACUUUGAGAGCAGCUGGGAAGCCCUACAUGCUUUUCUUUGUGCUGGUGAUUUUUCUGGCCUCCUUUUAUCUUGUGAACCUGAUCCUCGCUGUGGUAGCGAUGGCCUAUGAAGAGCAGAACCAGGCCACUAUACAGGAGGCAAAGCAAAAGGAGGAGAAGUUCCAGGCAAUGCUGGAGCAGCUCAGGAUGAAGCAGGAGGAGAUGCAGGUACUUUGCUUAGCUGCAAUGGCAGCCACUGAGAGCGCUCAGUGUGAUGGAAACGUGGGAAGAAUGACCCACACCUCUUCAGAAGCAUCUAAGCUGAGCACCAAAAGUGCCAAAGAAAGACGUAAUCAACGCGUGAAGCGGAGGGAGGAUGAGGAGAAGGGAGACCAUGAGAAGUUUAGCAAGUCUGAGUCUGAGGACAGCAUGAGGCCAGGGUUCCGCUUUUCUGUGGAUGGCAACCUACUGUCGUAUGAGAAGAGGUACUCAUCCCCAAACCAGUCACUUUGGAGUCUCCGAGAGUCCUCGUUCUCUCCUCGGCGCAACAGACGCAGCAGCCUCUUCAGUUUCCAUGGGCAGGUGCGGCACGCAGGAUCUGAGAAUCAUUUUGCCGAUGACGAGCGUAGCACAAUCGGUGAUGCUGUGAGCCGUCACGGGUCCCUGUUUGUGCCAAGAGGCCAGGAGCGCCGGCACAGCGAUGUGAGCCGGGGCAGCAUGUCCUGCAACAGGGCUGUCUCCUCGCUGGGUGGUACCUCCACUGACAUGUGUCCUGCAGGCCUCCUCCUGCCAGUGGUUACCAUACAUAGCCCUGCUGUUGAAGACAAUGAUACAUUUGCAGAAACAGAGAUUCCCCAGAAAAAGAGAUCCAACUCUCACCAGCCAUCCAUGGAGUUUUUAGAAGACCCAGUGGCAAAGCAACGAGCCUUGAGCGUGGCCAGUAUUCUGACAACCACAGUGGAAGACCUGGAGGAGUCGAGGCAGAAGUGGCCAAUGCGCUGGCACAGGUUCGCCACCACCUUUCUCAUCUGGGACUGCUGUCCCUUGUGGCUGAAGAUUAAAGGGUUUGUCAGGGUACUUGUGAUGGACCCAUUUAUGGACCUUGCAAUCACCAUCUGUAUUGUGCUGAACACACUAUUUAUGGCUGCGGAGUACUACCAAAUGUCAAGUAAAUUCAGUUAUGCCCUGAGUGUGGGCAACUCGGUUUUCACGAGCAUUUUUACAACUGAGAUGUGUUUAAAAAUCAUUGCCCUUGAUCCUUACUAUUACUUUCAAGAAGGCUGGAAUGUAUUUGAUGCUUUAAUCGUCAGCCUGAGUCUGAUGGAGCUUGGUUUUGCCAAUGUGGAACGUCUUUCUGUUCUCAGGUCAUUCCGACUACUAAGAGUAUUCAAGCUGGCUAAAUCCUGGCCUACGCUCAACAUGCUCAUCAAGAUUAUUGGCAAUUCUGUGGGUGCCCUGGGUAACCUGACUAUUGUGCUGGCCAUCAUCGUCUUUAUCUUCGCUGUGGUUGGCAUGCAGCUGUUUGGCAAGAAUUACCGCGAUUGCGUGUGUAAGAUCUCGACUGACUGCAAGCUGCCACGCUGGCACAUGCAUGACUUCUUCCAUUCGUUCCUCAUUGUGUUCCGUGUGCUGUGCGGCGAGUGGAUUGAGACCAUGUGGGACUGCAUGGAAGUGGCGGGGCAGUCCAUGUGCAUCAUUGUCUUCAUGAUGGUCAUGGUCGUCGGGAAUCUGGUGGUUCUGAAUCUUUUUCUGGCCCUACUGCUCAGCUCAUUCAGUACAGACAACCUUGCAGCUACGGAGGAAGACAGCGAAAUGAACAACCUACAGGUCGCCAUAGGACGCAUAAAUCGGGGUGUCCGUUUUGUCAUGACCGGGCUGCGGCAGUUCUGUCGGAGCCAGUGCUUUCGUAGGAAGAGGCACAAAGCCCCUGAUGAGACCAAAACCCAGGGAGAGGUCAACAGCAGCGUGGGCGACCAAUUUUACAAUCAUAUUGAACUUUCCAGAGAGACAGACAACAUGGAUAAGAGCAUCUGUAUUACUGGAGACAUGGCUUCUACCAGCAACCCCACUCUUUUGGUCAGCGUGCCCAUUGCUGCUGGUGAGUCUGACUCUGAGAACAUCAACAUUGAUGACUGCAGCAGUGAGUCAGAAAACGAAAGCUGCUUGGAGAAACUGGCUGAACCCCGGCUCAGUACAUCAGAGGGCAGCACCAUAGACUUUAGACCACUGGAGGACAGAGGCAACUCACUGGAUUUGUAUCUUGAUGAGCCCCUGGAACCAGACCCAUGUUUCACUGAAGGUUGUGUCCAUAAAUUCCCAUGUUGUCAGGUGAACACAAACAGUGGAAAAUGGAAAAUAUGGUGGACUCUGAGAAAGACCUGUUUCACCAUUGUGGAGCACAACUGGUUUGAGACCUUCAUCAUCUUCAUGAUUCUUCUUAGCAGUGGAGCCCUAGCAUUUGAAGACAUCUACAUUGAACAAAGGAAGACCAUAAAGACAAUUCUGGAAUAUGCAGACAAAGUCUUCACUUAUGUAUUUGUCAUGGAAAUGCUGUUGAAAUGGGUGGCUUAUGGAUUUGUACAAUAUUUUACAAAUGCCUGGUGCUGGCUGGACUUCCUCAUUGUUGAUGUUUCCUUGGUGAGCCUGGUGGCUACUGCCCUGAAUUGCUCUGAGCUGGGAGCUAUAAAGUCCUUGAGGACCCUGCGUGCAUUCAGGCCGCUGAGAGCACUCUCACGGUUCGAAGGGAUGAGGGUGGUGGUCAAUGCUCUUCUUGGAGCAAUCCCCUCCAUCAUGAACGUUCUCUUGGUCUGCCUAAUAUUCUGGCUGAUCUUCAGCAUCAUGGGUGUGAACCAGUUUGCUGGGAAGUUUUACACCUGCAUCAACAACACUACAGGGGAUCCCUUCCCCAUAGAGGAGGUCGACAACAAAAACCAGUGCAUUGCAAAGGAGGGCGCACGUUGGAAGAACCUAAAAAUUAAUUAUGACAAUGUGGGAGCAGGUUACCUCGCUUUGCUGCAAGUGGCAACAUUUAAAGGCUGGAUGCCCAUCAUGUAUGCAGCUGUGGAUGCAAGGAAGCAAGAGCAACAACCUGGUUAUGAAGAAAAUGUCUACAUGUACCUAUAUUUUGUUGCAUUCAUCAUCUUUGGGUCCUUCUUCACUUUGAACCUCUUCAUUGGUGUCAUUAUUGAUAACUUCAAUCAGCAAAAGAGAAAGUUUGGAGGUCAAGACAUCUUCAUGACUGAAGAACAGAAGAAAUACUACAAUGCAAUGAAAAAGCUUGGAUCAAAGAAACCCCAGAAACCUAUACCAAGACCAAAGAACAAGUUCCAAGGAUUUUUUUUUGACAUUGUUACAAAGCAAGCAUUUGACAUUGUCAUCAUGGUACUGAUUUUCCUUAACAUGGUCACCAUGAUGGUGGAAGUAGAUGAGCAGACACCGCAAGCGAAGGAGAUUCUGUAUUGGAUCAAUCUGAUCUUUAUUGCAUUGUUCACUGGAGAAUGCGUUCUCAAGAUCUUAUCACUUCGUUAUUAUUACUUCACCAUUGGCUGGAACGUGUUUGACCUUGUUGUUGUCAUCUUAUCUAUAGCUGGUAUGUUUCUUACGAAAGUGAUCGAAAGAUACUUUGUCUCACCAACCUUAUUUCGGGUUAUUCGACUGGCCAGAAUUGGUCGCAUUCUACGCCUGAUAAAAGCUGCCAAAGGAAUUCGUACGCUCUUAUUUGCCUUAAUGAUGUCCCUUCCUGCACUGUUCAACAUUGGUCUCCUGCUCUUCCUGGUCAUGUUUAUCUAUGCCAUUUUUGCGAUGUCUAAUUUUGCCUAUGUAAAGAAGGAGGAGGGCAUUGAUGACAUGUUCAACUUUCAAACAUUUGGCAACAGCAUGAUUUGCUUGUUCCAGAUCACUACUUCAGCAGGCUGGGACCUCCUGCUAGCUCCUAUACUCAAUAAAAAAGAGCCUGAUUGUGACAGUAAGGAGGAGCACCCAGGAAGCAAUAUCAGGGGAAAUUGUGGCAGCCAAGUAAUGGGCAUUUGUUUUUUUGUGAGUUACAUUAUCAUAUGCUUUCUAAUUGUGGUCAACAUGUACAUUGCUGUCAUCCUGGAGAACUUCAGUGUGGCCACAGAAGAAAGUGCAGAACCACUUGGAGAGGACGACUUUGAGAGGUUCUAUGAAGUAUGGGAGAAGUUUGACCCAAAGGCUACACAAUUUGUGGAGUGGAGCAAGCUGUCUGACUUCGCCGAUGCCCUGGAUCCUCCGUUGCGCAUACCAAAGCCAAACAAGCUGCAGCUGAACGCCAUGGACCUACCUAUGGUGAGCGGUGAUCGCAUCCACUGCCUGGACAUCCUGUUUGCUUUCACAAAGCGUGUACUGGGUGAGGGUGGCGAAAUGGACUCGCUCCGUGGGCAUAUGGAGGAGCGCUUCAUGGCCUCCAACCCCUCCAAGGUGUCCUAUGAGCCCAUCAUCAGCACCUAUCGCCUCAAGCAGGAGGAGAAGGCUGCCACUGUCAUUCAGAAAGCCUACAAACAAUACGCAACCAGGAAAAGCUUCUACAAAGUAAAGGUGACAGAGGACAGAAAUAACUUAAAGCUGCCGGACAGGGAAGCACCUGUCACAGACAAACUUAAAGAGCAAUGUGUUUCACACAAAACUGAUGCGUUCCCUUCUACUGCCUCUUCAAGUGACAGUCUGGGGAAACCAGACAGAGACAAGUACGAAAAGGACAAGCGGGAGAAGGAGGAUAAAAACAAAGAUAUGAGGUACUGACAGGGAAAAAAGAAUAAAAGAGAGGAAGUUCUACU